GAAGAAAUGCCACAGCAACAACAACAACAACAGCAGCAGCAGCAACAACAACCAAGACAUCAAGACCAGUUUUUGAAUCCUGCUUAUUCCGACAAUUCGUUUGCCAAAACGUCGACCAAGUUAGCUCCUUUCACGGCCCCAGGUUACUUGUCAAAGUACAAUGCUAUUUCUUACAGUCUCAGUCAUCAGCCGAACGCGUUGAAAGUGUACAGUGAUAUGGCCCGAAAAACCGAAGACCAGAAUGUCCAGAUUGCCUAUGCAAAGUAUUUGAUGGAGGUCGCCAGCCUCUACGAUCAUCAACCGACAAAACCCAACGUGCAACCUUCCGAUCUUCAAAAGAACUUUGGUUUCCGUCCCAUGCAGAGCCAUCACACCAAGGUGCCUACGGUGGCGAAAAACCGGGCCAACAACCUGAUGCGCGCUCCCGUUCUUGGCCCCGCUGUGCAUGAAGAGCAUUACUACAACAAGCGAGAUUACGAGAAGAAAAAGAUGCUUGAGAAGGAAGGAAUCCGUUGGAUUAAGCACUUGGCAAAAAACAAUGUGGGUGAGGCCGCCUUUUUGCAGGCUCUGUGGAUGGACCGUUCCAUGUAUGGUUUCAAGAACAAGCCUUCCAAAGCCCAUGAUUUGUACGUCGUCGCUGCGAAUGCCGGUAUUCCCGAAGCCAUGUACACGGUCGGUUACCACUGUGAGAAGAGCGGUGAUGUCAAGGGAGCCCUCAAGAACUACGAUGAUGCCGCCAAUCUUGGUCUCGUUGAAGCUAUUUACCGCUUGGCAAAAAUCUACAUUCACGGCGAGUAUGAUCAUCGACAGGAUAUGCGAUCGGGUCUGCAGAUGUUGUUACGCGCUUGCGACAAAUCUACCGAAUCUUGCAAUGAGCCUCCUUACUUGAUGGGUCUUAUUUUAACCAAUAACUACCACAAGGCAGAUAUUCCACACGAAAUUGCCGAAAUGUAUGGUGGACCUAACGCUGCACCCAUGCAUUUUGAGCAUGCAGCUUCUUUGGGCAAUGUGGCUGCGCAAAAUAUCAUCGGCCAUAUCUACGAACACGGUGAAUAUGGUACUCACAUGAAUUUGUCCAAGGCUUUCGAUUACUACCAUGAAGCGGCCAACCGGGGUCAUCCCGAAGCCAUGCUUGGUCUAAGCCGAUUAUAUAAUCGCGGUUGUCAUGGUCCCCAUGAUGAGGAUGAAACCGAUCGCUUGUCGCAAGAUGAAUCCAACUGGUUGGAAACGCAUCCCAAAGAUGAAGAAGCCGCCUUUUUCUGGUGUCAAAUGGCCGGUGAAUCGGGACUUUUGAGUGCUUGGUAUCUGCUAGGCUGGUACUAUGAGAUCGGUCUUGGCACACCUAGAGAUUUCGCUCAAGCCAGAGAUAACUAUCAAAAAGCCGCCUCGAUGAACCAUGAAGAAUCAAAAAAGCGACUGGAAAAUAUGGCUUCCAUUACCCAGCAACAAUGUACAGAAGCCAAUAAUAAGAGAUACGGUCAAAAGAAGCACUUUUGGUCAUGCUUCUCUUAAAGACAUCGUCUCUCAGAAACCAAAUUCUCCCCCAUUUUUGUAUCGUAUAAUAUAU